UGUUUUUUUUUUUAAAUAUUUUAUUGUGUUUUUUGGUGAAAGCUUACACAGGAAAUCACAUUCUCAUUUAACAAUUUCUGUACAUAUUGUUCAGUGGUGUUGGUUACAUUUUUCACAACAUUCUUGUUAUUUCCAUUUUGGUUGUUCUGUUUCCAUUAAUCUAGCUUCCCUGGCUUCCCUAGCCUUCUCAUGUUUGGUCUAAUCUAGGCGAUUAUUUCAAGGAGCACAGUAGUCAUGGGUGAUAUUAUUUAUUUUAUGGGCCAGUCUGUCAUUUGGCUGAAAAGUGACCUCUGGGAGUGGUUUGAGUUCCAAGUUUAAAGAGAACAUCAGGGCGAUAAAUCUCGGGGAUUCAUCUGAGACUCGAAGUUUUAACCCUUUCUUGCUUUUGCCUCUGAUCAUACACUGGACUGUUUUCCUGCUUUUGUUCCUGUGGGGUGGCAUCUGUCUUCAGGAGAAAUCACUUUCCAGUCAAACCCAGAUUGCUGAGCCAUGGCAUUUUUGCUGGUACUGUUAAUGCUGCCUUUGCUAUGAACAGUUUUAAUAUAGGUGCAGUUAAACACCUGUUAUUCAUGGAUGGGGAGAGAUGGAGUGAAAUCUUCUUUAUUAAAUGCCAUAUGUCCUGCCCAUCACCUUUCUGCCUCCACCACCUGGCUGUCACAAACUCCAGAAUGUUCUCUCUGCUAAUCUGAAAGAACCCUGCACCACAGAGUACACAUUUACAUAGUUCCCACACAUAGGGUCACUUUUUAUGAAAGAAACGAUUUUCUUAAUUAUCUGUUUUAUUUUUGUUGUUGAGAUAUACAUAGCAGAGCAUACACCAAUUCAGCAGUUUCUACAUGUACAGUUCAGCAACGUUGAUGACAUUUUUCAAGUUUUGCAACAAUAAUAAAUGAUUUCUCAACACUUUUAAGGUGCUGUCGAGCCUGUUCCGACUCAUAGCGACCCUGUGCACAACAGAACGAAACACUACCCAGUCCUGUGCCAGCCUUACAGUCGUUGUUAUGCUUGAGCCCAUUGUUGCAGCCACUGUGUCAAUCCACCUCGUUGAGGGUCUUCUUCUUUUCGGCUGACCCUGUACUUUACCAAGCAUGAUGUCCUUCUCCAGGGACUGAUCCCUCCUGACAACAUGUCCAAAGUAUGUAAGAUGCAGUCUCGCCAUCCUUGCUUCUAAAGAGCAUUCCGGUUGUACUUCUUCCAAGACAGAUUUGUUCGGUCUUUUGGCAGUCCAUGGUAUAUUCAAUAUUUUUUGCCAACACCACGAUUCAAAGGGGUCAAUUCUUCUUCGGUCUUCCUUAUUCAUUGCCCAGGCUUCACGUUUUUAUGAUGCGAUUGAAAAUACCAUGGCCUGGGUCAGGCGCAUCUUAGUCUUCAAGAUGACAUUUUUGCUUUUCAACACUUUAAAGAUGUCCUUUGCAGCAGAUUUGCCCAGUGCAAUGCGUCGUUUGAUUUCUUGAUUGCUGCUUCCACGGCUGUUGAUUGUGGAUGCAAGUAAAAUGAAAUCCUUAACAACUUCAAUCUUUUUGCUGUUUAUCAUGAUGUUGCCCAUUGGUCCAGUUGUGAGGAUUUUUGUUUUCUUUGUGUCGAGGUGCAAUCCAUACUGAAGGCUGUGGUCUUUGAUCUUCAUUAGUAAGUGCUUUAAGUCAUUUUCACUUUCAGCAAUCAAGGUUGUGUCAUCUGCAUAAUGCAGGUUGUUAAUGAGUCUUCCUCCAAUCCUGAUGCCCCAUUCUUCUUCAUAUAGUGCAGCUUCUUGGAUUAUUUGCUCAGCAUACGGAUUGCAUAGGUAUGGUGAAAGGAUGCAAGCCUGACGCACACCUUACCUGACUUUAAACCAAUCAGUAGCCCCUUGUUCUGGUGGAACAACUGCCUCAUGCUUUAUGUACAGGUUCCUCACGAGCACAAUUAAAUGUUCUGGAAUUCCCAUUCUUUGCAAUGUUAUCCAUAAUUUGUUAUGACCCACACAGUCGACUGCCUUUGCGUAGUCAAUGAAACACAGUCAAACAUCAUUCUGGUAUUCUCUGCUUUCAGCCAGGAUCCAUCUGACAUCAGCAAUGAUAUCCCUGGUUCCACGUCCUCCUCUGAAACCAGCCUGAAUUUCUGGCAGUUCCCUGUCAAUAUACUGCUGCAGCCGUUUUUGAAUGAUCUUCAGCAAAAUUUUGCUUGCGUGUGAUAUUAAUGAUAUUGUUCUAUAAUUUCCACAUUCGGUUGGAUCACCUUUCUUGGGAAUAGGCAUAAAUACGGAUCUCUUCCAGUCAGUUGGCCAGGAAGCUGUCUUCCAUAUUUCUUGGCAUAGACGAGUGAGCCCCUCCAGCGCUGCAUCCGUUUACUGAAACAUCUCAAUUGACCUUCAUUUGCUGAUGUGGCACAGCUCAAAAUGAGAAGAAACAGCUGCAAACAUCCAUUAAUAAUUGGAACCUGGAAUGUACAAAGUAUGAAUCUAGGAAAAUUUGAAAUCAUCAAAAAUGAGAUGGAACGCAUAAACAUCGUUAUCCUAGGCAUCAGUGAGCUGAAAUGGACUGGUAUUGGCCAUUUUGAAUUGGACAAUCAUAUAGUCAACUAUGCUAGGAAUGACAGCUUGAAGAGGAAUGGUGUUGCAUUGAUUGUCAAAAACAUUUCAAGAUCUAUUCCUGAAGUACAACGUUGUCAGUGAUAAUAUCCAUGCACAUACAAGGAAGACCAGUUAAUACAACUGUUGUUCAAAUUUACAUAUGCACCAACCACUAAGGCCAAAGGGGAAGAAAUUGAAGAUUUUUAUCAGCUGCUGCAGUCUGAAAUUGAUCGAAGAUGCAAUCAGGAUGCAUUGAUAAUUACUGGUGAUUGGAAUGUGAAAGUUGGAAACAAAGAAGAAGGAUUGGUAAUUGGAAAAUAUGGCCUUGGUGAUAGAAACAGUGCUGGAGAUCGAAUGAUAGAAUUUGGCAAGACCAACAAUUUCUUCAUUGCAAAUACCUUCUUUCACCAACAUAAAUGGUGACUAUACACAUGGAGGAAAUGCUGGUGGCAUAGUGAUUAAGUGCUAUGGCUGCUAACCAAAAGGUUGGCAGUUCCACAUAUGUGGAAAGAGAGCAUGGAAAAGGUCAAUAUCAUCAGUCAGAACAAGGCCAGGGGCGGACUGUGGAAUAGACCAUCAGUUGCUCAUAUGCAAGUUCAAGUUGCAACAGAAGAAAACCAGAGCAAGUCCACGAGAGCCAAAAUGCGACCUUGAGCAUAUCCCACCUGAACUUAGAGACCAUCUCAAGAAUAGAUUUGAUGCAUUGAACACUAGUUACUGAAGACCGGAGGAGUUGUGAAAUGACAUUCAGGGGCAUCAUCCAUGAAGAAAGCAAGAGGUCAUUGAAAAGACAGGAAAGAAAGAAAAGACCAAGAUGGAUGUCAGAGGAGACUCUGAAACUUGCUCUCGAACGUCGAGCAGCUAAAGCAAAAGGAAGAAAAAAAGAACUGCUUGCUCUCGAAUGUCGAGCAGCUAAAGCAAAAGGAAGACAGGAUGCAGUAAAAGAACUGAACAGAAGAUUUCAAAGGGCGGCUUGAGAAGAAAAAGUAUUAUAAUGACAUGUGCAAAGAGCUGGAGAUAGAAAACCAAAAGGGAAGAACACGCUUGGCGUUUGUCAAGCUGAGAGAACUGAAGAAAAAAUUCAAGCGUCAAGUCGCAACAGGGAAGGAUUCCAUGGGGAAAAUAUUAAAUGAUGCAGGAAGCAUCAAAAGAAGAUGGAAGGAAUACACAGAAUCAUUAUACCAAAAAGAAUUAUUCGAUGUUCAGCCAUUUCAAGUGGUAGCAUAUGAUCAGGAACCGACGGUACUGAAGGAAGAAGUCCUAGCUGCUCUGGAGGCAUUGGCGGAAAACAAGGCUCCAGGAACUGAUGGAAUAUCAGUUGAACUUAGGGAUAGGCAAACGAAAGUCCUCUGGCCAAGUCCAGCACACUUUUGCUUUUGUAUGGUCUGUGAGACAAAAGCUGCUGCCCCGAAAUAAAGGAUUCCCUGCAGUCUGUUAGAGUGAAGUGGGAGAGUUUUUUCUAAGACCGAUUGUUUGCCACUAAUUCAAAAAUGAACAAUCCGUCAGAAGGCAGUAAACCGUCUCUGGAGAGUGGAGAUAGCAACACAGGCACGCAAACAAAUGGUCUGGACUUUCAGAAGCAGCCUGUGCCCGUUGGAGGGGCAAUCUCAACAGCCCAGGCCCAAGCUUUCCUUGGACAUCUCCAUCAGGUCCAGCUUGCUGGAACAAGUUUACAGGCUGCUGCUCAGUCUUUAAAUGUACAGUCUAAAUCUAAUGAAGACUCGGGGGAUUCACAGCAGCCAAGCCAGCCUUCCCAACAGCCUUCAGUGCAGGCAGCCAUCCCCCAGACCCAGCUUAUGCUGGCUGGAGGGCAGAUAACUGGGCUUACUUUGACGCCAGCCCAGCAACAGUUACUACUACAGCAGGCCCAGGCCCAGGCUCAGCUGCUGGCUGCUGCAGUCCAGCAGCAUUCCGCCAGCCAACAGCACAGCGCUGCUGGCGCCACCAUCUCAGCCUCCGCCGCCACGCCCAUGACGCAGAUCCCUCUGUCUCAGCCCAUACAGAUCGCACAGGAUCUGCAACAGCUGCAACAGCUUCAGCAGCAGAAUCUCAACCUGCAGCAGUUUGUGCUGGUGCAUCCAACCACCAACCUGCAGCCAGCGCAGUUUAUCAUCUCACAGACGCCCCAGGGCCAGCAGGGUCUCCUGCAAGCGCAGAAUCUUCUAACGCAACUACCUCAGCAAAGCCAAGCCAACCUCCUACAGUCGCAGCCAAGCAUCACCCUCACCUCCCAGCCAGCAACCCCAACACGCACAAUUGCAGCAACCCCAAUCCAGACACUUCCACAGAGCCAGUCAACACCAAAGCGAAUUGAUACUCCCAGCUUGGAUGAGCCCAGUGACCUUGAGGAGCUUGAGCAAUUUGCCAAGACCUUCAAACAAAGACGAAUCAAACUUGGAUUCACUCAGGGUGAUGUCGGGCUCGCUAUGGGUAAACUGUAUGGAAAUGACUUCAGCCAGACCACCAUCUCUCGCUUUGAAGCCUUGAACCUCAGCUUUAAGAACAUGUGCAAGUUAAAGCCGCUUUUAGAGAAGUGGCUAAAUGAUGCAGAGAACCUCUCAUCUGAUUCUGCUCUCUCCAGCCCAAGUGCCCUGAAUUCUCCAGGGUUGGGAAUUGAGGGCUUGAACCGUAGGAGAAAGAAACGCACCAGCAUAGAGACCAACAUCCGUGUGGCCUUAGAGAAGAGUUUCUUGGAGAAUCAAAAGCCUACCUCGGAAGAGAUCACCAUGAUUGCUGAUCAGCUCAAUAUGGAAAAGGAGGUGAUCCGUGUUUGGUUUUGUAACCGCCGCCAGAAGGAGAAGAGAAUCAACCCACCGAGCAGUGGUGGGACCAGCAGCUCACCUAUCAAAGCAAUUUUCCCCAGCCCGACCUCGCUGGUGGCAACCACGCCAAGCCUUGUGACGAGCAGUGCGGCAACUACCCUGACUGUCAACCCCGUACUCCCUCUCAGCAGCGCUGCGGUUACUAAUCUGUCUGUCACAGGCGCCACAGACACCCCCUCCAACAACACAGCAACCGUGAUAUCCACGGCACCUCCAGCUCCCUCAGCAGUCGCCUCCCCCUCUGUGAGUCCCUCCCCUUCUGCCUCUGCCCCUGCCUCUGAGGCAUCCAGUGCCAGUGAGACCAGCACAACACAGACCACCUCCACUCCUUUGUCCUCCCCUCUCGGGACCAGCCAGGUGAUGGUGACAGCGUCAGGCUUGCAAACCGCAGCAGCUGCCGCCCUCCAAGGAGCUGCACAGCUGCCAGCAAAUGCCAGCCUUGCCGCCAUGGCUGCUGCCGCAGGACUGAACCCGGGCCUGAUGGCACCCUCUCAGUUUGCAGCUGGAGGUGCCUUACUCAGUCUCAACCCAGGGACCCUGGGCGGUGCUCUCAGCCCAGCUCUGAUGAGCAACAGUACACUGGCAACUAUUCAAGCUCUUGCUUCUGGUGGCUCUCUUCCAAUAACGUCACUGGAUGCAACCGGGAACCUGGUAUUUGCCAAUGCAGGAGGAGCCCCCAACAUUGUGACUGCCCCUCUGUUCCUGAACCCCCAGAACCUCUCUCUGCUCACCAGCAACCCAGUUAGCUUGGUGUCUGCCGCUGCAGCCUCCGCAGGGAACUCUGGACCUGUUGCCAGCCUUCACGCCACCUCCACCUCAGCUGAGUCCACCCAGAACUCUCUGUUCACAGCGGCCUCUGCCAGCGGCGCUGCUUCCACCACCACUACCGCCUCCAAGGCACAGUGAGCUGGGCUCCCGGCCAGGUUCAUCGACUGAAAAUGUGAUCGGCUUCCUCUCGCCAUGUGGCUGAGGGCACAGGAGAGAAGAAAAAACCACAUAUACUGGGGGAGGGGGGAAAGGAUGAAGAUGGGACAACAUUUGCCUAAUUUUGUAAUAAAACACUGUCUUUUCAGGAUUGCUUCAUGGAUUGGAGAACUUUCUAACCAAAAAUGUAAAAAAAAAAAAAAAAUUCAAAAACAAAACACAAAAAAAUAAGUGAAAGGACUACUUACCAUUUCCAGCAGUCAUGAUGACAAGUUAAGGUGGGUUACCACUUCCAGUAUAGGAAGGGGAUUUCUUGUUUGUCUAAAUUUCUUUUUUUCUUAAAAAAAAAAAAAAAAUCAUUUUUAUGGGUCUGUUGUACAGGCCAUUAAGUCAUAACAAGGUGUUUAUAAUCAUAUCAAUUGUGUUGGGGGUUCCUUUUUAACUGGUACAAUUUAGGCAGGCCUGUAUUACUGUAUCUCUAUUAUUAUUAUUGUUGUUGUUAUUGUUUUUAUAUAUAUAUAUAUAUAUAUAUAUAGUUUGGACACAUUUAUCUCUCGCUCCUGGAUCCUAUUUCAGUGAGCUCCCACACUGUGGGGAGGGAGGGUUUCGGGGUAAGGGGAGACUUACGUUCUUAACUGCGGGGAAUGUUCUUGCUGGUUUCCUUAUCCUUGAUGACUCUUACAGAGGUGCUAGAAAAUUAUUUUCUUUUGCCACUUAUGCAAGAGGCUUGGUGCAGAAGCUGAAGGCAGUGUGUGCACACACUCCCACUCCACACAUGCUCCCUUCCCCCCAUCAGGUGGUGCCUUUGGAGCACUUUUGUGUAGGAAGGAAUUCCUGCUGAACUGUAGCUCUCAUUCACCCCCAAAUCAUUGAAUGACCUUGGGGCCCGAUCCUGCCUGCAGCAGUGCUGUUUUCUGCCACUUUCCAUGGGAACGCUGCACGUGUCGCAGGGUGAGAUUUGGUUCCCAAGAGCAAAGACUACUGCGUACACCUGACUUGGUGGUUCUCCUGAGUUCUUAUCUCCUGAAAAAUGCUCCUACUGUUGGUUGGUUGAUUUGUUUGUUUCCAUUUUGUGGAAGUGUUUCAUCCAGACUUUCUUUAACUUACUCAGCAAAGAGCAAAUUGACUUAUUGAAAUUGGAAAACUUUUCCCUUAAGGGAUCUCUACUAGACUAUUUUCCAUUGGUUUGUAUCCCAAAGGUGUGAUGAGAAGAGUCUCUGAGGUUACCACUUUUUCCUCUGGCCACAGACUUCCUUUUCACGACUGGCUUAUUUAUACCUUCCAGCCCUGAGACUCUCCUUGGUCCUCUAACUAAAGGAGGCACUUGUUAGCCAGGCGUGUCAUCUGCAGGACCUUCAAAGAAGGACCUUGAGUGGGGCCUUUGCACACACCUGAGUGUCUCCCUGGUUUGUUCGAUGCUCCUGCUAGAUAGUUGUCAUGGGCAGCACACAUCUCUGCUCAGUGUAGACAGCAGUGAGCUUGUCGUCGUUUCAGGGCGGCUCUAGAUGAGCCCACUGAAAAGGAAAUGUUUGUGAAAGUGGAUGAAGAGGAAUGAGAGUAAUUUGGAGAUUAGAUCCCCCUUUUUGUUGAUAGACUGUUAUGGUAUCUGUACCGAAAAAAUUCCCAAAAGACUGGAUCACUGCAAUGCAGUUCAUCUAAGCCCCCUUCUUAUUGGAGUUAGAUGUUCCUGUCUGGUGUCUGUGGGUGCUUGUUUACGUCUCCGGUGGUCCUACAGACUGCACUUUCCCCCUUUUGAGGCGGCAGUUCAGAGAGAGCUAACAGGUAAUUUUCAUUCUAGUUGCUUUGCUUGUAUCUACAAGGGAGCUUGAGUCCUGCAAGCUGUCUCUCUCUGCCAGCCUUCGGAAAGGCAGUGAUAAAGACACAGUGUGGACCUCUGUGAGUAAAGUGGGAGACAGCCGCGUUAAUACUAAAAGACCAGGAACGUUUCCGUCCCCUUUUUGUUUUUCUUUCGUUCCUUCUGUCGUGUUCUUUUAUUUCACAGAGUAUUUAAUUACCCCCCUAAAUCUCUUCUCACCCCUACUUCACCUUCCCUAAACCCUCCAAAUUUAGUCACUGCAAGCAGGGAAACUAACAAAUAUCCAUCCACCUUUUUAUGUGUGAUGUGUUUUUUGUUUGUCUUUUUUUUUUUUUUUUUAAACUAAGCUUGAACCAAAGUCAAUUUUUAGCAAGCUGCUGUACUAAUGGACUAGUUUAUAAAGCGCAGUUCAGACACAUUGAGGAGAUAGAUGCUACUGACAAUUUCUUUUUCAUUUGUCUUUAUUAAUUUUAUAUAAAAGUUGCUGCUUGUUUUUAAUCUUUUAUGUUGGUAAAUUGUAAUAUCCUCUGGGCAGACAUUAACUUGAUUUGUAACUAGUUUAUUUAGUUUGGUGUGUAAAUAGGAUGGUAGUGUCAGUUACUAAUUUCUCUCCUCUCUGUCCUGCUAUCUCUCUGGUGUAGUUAAAUCUGACUUUCUCUCCUGACUUGACAUCUCUGACUUUAGUCUGUGCAAAUGAUUUUAGGGCUGUCGAUAAUACUGUAGUCGUCCCUAGUAAUGGGCCCCUCCCUUGGGAGUGGUAAAAGUUACGAGGAAGGAUUCAGGGAGGGAAAUGCUGAUACCCACCAUACUGGAUGAGCGGUUAUAGCAUUAAUUUCCCAAAAUUGCUACCAAAGGAUGUGUUGAGUCCCAAGGGAUUCAGACCAUUGGAUUAGGAGGAAGGGCAAGCAAAGUCUACAUUUUUUUUGUUUCUACGUGGUUCAGAAUAUGUUCCCUCUCCCAAAUAAGAUUCACCAACAGACUUUAAUAUUAAGAAAUAUACUAAGCUUUAAAUGUCAGUACAGUGGUCUUUGACUCCCUGCCUUGUCUGUUCUCUAGUCAUGAUGGGAUAGGGGCUCUGCCUUUUUCUGUAUGGAUCACUUUAUGAGAAUAGAUCUUAAACCAGCACCAAAAUCUGUGUUUAAAAGAGGAAAGAAGCCCUUAAAUAUAGAUAACUAAAGUUUUCUUCUUUCUCUUAUUUAAAAAUAAGUUGUAAAAUGGAAGGUACAUUUACACAUCUACACAUGAAACACUAAUGUAGCUUGUCGAUGGGUGUUUAGCUUAAAAUCUUCUCAUCACUAUCCCUAAAUGCUCUACUGAUCAUAUUUCUUCAUUAAGAACACCUUAGCCCUUUUUUACUUUAUAUUUUUUAUCAUCUCAAGAAAUGCUUUUAUGGAUUGAAUGAGCUAUCUCCUAACCUAAGGUACUCAGACUUAACUUUUAACCCCUUAUAUGGCAGAAUCAGCAAAUUAAAAGGCACCAUUUGACCAUUUGGAAACCCUGGUGGCAUAGUGGUUAAGUGCUAUGGCUGCUAACCAAAGGGUCGGCAGUUCGAAUCCGCCAGGUGCUCCACGGAAACUCUAUGGGGCAGUUCUACUCUGUUCUGUAGGGUCUCUAGGAGUCGGAAUCGACUUGACGGCACUGGGUUUGGCUUGGUUUUAUUUGGCCAAAAAAAGGUGUUUGGUGUAGUUUCUGCAUUUUGAAGAGGAAAGUCCACAUAGGUCAUCACAAUUCAUUUAAUCAUUCUUUAUCCCCCCCUUAAUGUUUGUGCAAGUUUUACGUCAUCCCUGAAUUUGGUUAACACAUACUAAGCCAAAGACUAACUCUGAAUGCAUCUAUUAGUGAUUCUAUAUUUGCCUGUGGUAGUGGGCCCUCCCUAGGGAGAGGUGAAUGUACAGUAAUUGUUUGAAUUCUAUUUCUCAUCAGCCGUACAAUUUGGUCAUGAAUUUUAUUUACAUCCUGUAUCAACCUGAAGGACAGAGCAGAAGGACCUGGCUCUACAAGGGCUUCUCAGAGGAGCCCAGUUGUUUGUUCCUGGUUUAAGAAGUGGGAUGCCUGCUGUACUCGUUGAAAUGUUUCUGAAGUUAUGUAGGCAGCUUUUUAGAAUGAAGAAAAAAAGUGUUAGAUACCAACGAACUGAUACAAUACAGACUCCCUUUUAUUUAUUUGAUAAGAAAGAUCAGUAUCAUCCCAAUUGUCUCAACUUAUUACUCGAUAAAUGGAACCAAAGGAAUCCCACUUUCAUUUUGUGUAGGACUAUGCCUGUUUAUACUUUAUGUUAGCAUUAUUAGAAAUUGACAUUCUUAAAAAAGAAAUUAAGGUGAAUUAAAAGCUUUUUAGUGAGACCAUCUUGCCAGUUUCAUCUACGUAAUUCAUUCGUUGUUGGAAAAAGCACAAUUGUACCCCUUUUUAUGUUAUUGAUCCCAUUACCCCUCAUUUAUCUGGGAAGAUAGAGGAAACCUUGUCUAUCUUAUCCAGAAGCACAGAUGUUCUCUUGACACGAUGUUAAACUCAGCCCAGUCUUUAACGUUAAAAUUUCUAUUUAAACUUCUGGAAAAGCUGGGUACAUUAGCAAAUAUAGAAAGUUUAUGUAGAUUUUUAAAGUUAUAAACCCUGAUAGAAAACAUUGCAAUGAGUGUAUCGUAAGCACUUGACUGAGAGGAGAAACUUUGGAGUUCACGGCCCAGAGUUGCUCCCGAGCCAUAUCAUCCUCACAUCAUCAGAUAGAACAGGAAGAAGCUGCUUCCUUUGUUUCCCUCCCAGGAGGCUCUGUGGACAGAGAGAAGGAAAUGGGCACUGGAGCAUCAGGACGUGGUUGUGAGAAGGGCAAGUGGCGUGUGCUACCCGGUUAGGACCUGGUUCUGGCAGUCCCCUUUGGUCUCAGACCCUUUAGGGGUCUCCCAGAGACCAGUCUGCAGUUUAAGGACCCUCAGUUAAAGUAGGGCCUCAGCAAUUCAUUAUGAGAGUUUGGACAAGUACUUCCUCGCUAAAGCAGCGUCUGAAGUUGAUUAAUGUAAGGUUCACUCUUCACACCCUGUUUACUAGAGGUGAAAAUGUUAGAGUACCGCCAAUAUUAACGGGAGAAAAAAAACUAAAGUCCUGGAAUUUAAAAGUAUUCAAGUGGGCAAGAAUUGAUGGGUUAAUUUGCUCAAAGCAGUUCUGAAUUCAUUUUUGCAGGUGUGUGUGAAAAGCAUUUGAAGUCUGACAUUUUUCGUAUAAUCAUAGCCCUACAACAUUUUGAGGAUAACACAGUAACUCUUUCUUAGCAUUUACCUUCAGUUGAGAAGGAAAAAAAGUCCUUCUUUGGCAUUGCUCUCAGAAUAGCUCGGAUCAGCUAUUACCUAGUCUGUAUAGAUGGUGCACAAGUACAGAUGUAAACUUAGGUAGGAAAGGGGUACAUGCCUUUCAUAGGGGGGCGCCUCAGCCUUUUCUUAAUCCAGAGAGGUUUAGUGGGUCACCCCUAAGAUUCCCGGGGAGAUGUCUGACAGGGAUUCCACCAGAAAGGCAGGGACUGUGUUCUUCUCAGAGUUGACCCAUUUACACCCAUGUUUGCAGUGUGACCUGUGAACCAUCUUUGUUCAUGGAGCAGCUCUUGUCUUGGCUCCUCUGCUCAAAAGAGUGAAUGUGAGCAACUCUUAGGUUGAUCCUGUGUUCUGGGUGUCCUUUCCUCUUAUACCUUUACCCCCUUUUCUCCUUGAAUGGUGGUACCUUAACCUGUGAGGGUAAUGCUCAUGGCUAACAGCUAGCUCUGGCAACUUCAUAAAAUACCUCGGCAUAGCUUUGCAUUGUUGCAGAACUAGUUUUAAACUGAAAACCAAAUCAAUAAAUGAAUAAAAAGGAAAAGACUUUAUAAAUAGGGGAAAUGAUUCUAGCUGUAGCAUUUAGUUGAACUGAUGUUUAUUAUGACUGAUAAACAUGAUUGAUACUGUAUGUAUUUGGGAUCCUGUUUAUAGGUUACAGUUUAUAGGGUUAGGGAGGGUUGGGGUGGGGGAAAGCGGAGAAGUUGAUUAUGUUAGAAGGAAAACAUUGCUCGUGUUUGUUUUUCCUUAUAUCUGUCUUGCCAAAGGAAACUUGAUUAUCCCUCUGAUGGGGUUUGGGAUUCGUUGGUCUCUGUGGUCUAAUCCAGCGGCAUGCAGGUUACAGAUUGGUUGUUCAGUCGGGUCAGGGCCCCCUAGGACCCACCAGGGCACGUUUAUACCCCUGCCUAUGACUGCCUCUGCCCUGAGACCGCACCAGCCUCUCCUAAUGGUCCCUCACCCCGGCGUAGCAAAAGCUUAGGUGAAGGAUGAAUGUGUGAAUGUCUGGGCGUGCACUUGAGUCAAGGUCAAGAUAGGAAUGCACCAGUCUGGAAAGGAGAGGAGAGGUGAGUGGUUGAUGCAUCUUAAUCCAGGAAAACUAAAGUAAAACAGGUUCUUUUUGUCACCUUCUGUAAUGUUAUUCAUUGUUGGGUUAGUAGCACAACGCUUAACACCUUACUUCCUUUUCCCAUACCAGACUGAUCCUGUCUAGACCAAAAAUGCAAACAGGGAAAACCAAACCAAGACGUGAAACCCAACCUGCUUGCUUUACACCUGUGAUGAGAUGUGAUCUGUAGGGAUUGUUCGGUUGGUGGGCUCAAGGAGAGAGUUGUUCUUGGGGGGAAUGUGCAAGAGAAGUGAUGUUGGUUUAGAAAAACCAAGAGCCUUCCUGACCGGACGCCAGGACAGCCUUCCUGACCAGACGCCAGGACAGCCUUUCUUGGCUCCCUAAGUUCAGACAGAGACUCUAGCUCCAGAAAGCUUCUUUUUUUUAAAAAAAAUGAACGAUCCAUCUCACAGAACCUAAGUGGGAUUUGGUUUGGAUACCAAAGACAGUGCUAUGUCAUUGCUUGUCCUUAUGUUUGUGAAUCGGGCAGAGGGGGUGGGAGCAAAAGGCUAAAAUCUGGAAAAGCUUUACUGUUUCUUUCCUUCCCCUCGCUUCCCCCUCCUCCCCGCCC